UUCUAAUUAAAACUUUUAAUGUUUGGAUAAUUGUUAAAAAUGUUUUGUUUGAUAGUGUUGUUCUUUAUCAGUGUUUGCAAUGUUGUUGAUGUUGUUGUGUUUGGCCUACAAAUCGGUGAUUAUCCGGACAUUACUAACACUACUGACUGUGGUAUCGGUCGUGAGUCGCAAGUGAUGACCGACCGGUGCUUUGAAUGGCACAGUAGUCGUGAUUUAAUGGACACUUCCUCAAUAGUCAACGGAAGGGACGCAAAGAGGGCUGAAUUACCAUAUAUUGUAUACAUCGAGGAGUGGAGAGACAACAAACUCAGUUCCAGGUGUACGGGUUCGGUACUCAACCGUAAUUGGAUCGUUACGGCCGGUCAUUGUAUGGAAUAUUGUUUGCCGGAUGUUUGCAAUUGGAAAGUAUAUCCGGGAAUUGUGGACAUCAAUGAUAAAGGAGACGACUAUGGAGUCAAACGAUUUAUAAUACAUGAAAACUAUACGAAUCGGGUUAGCGAUGACAACGAUAUUGCAUUAAUACAAGUCAUGAAACCAAUGAAUUUUACGGCAAAAAGUGGUCAAUACUAUCGGCACAUAAAUUCUAUUUGUUUGCCGCAAAUUGGUCGCAACAACACCGGCGGCGGCUAUAAGUAUGCAUUGAUUGCCGGCUUUGGUUUAAUAGCUAAAGAAGAUAAGUAUUACUUAAUCGAUGAUCACAUCCAACCUAAUCGGCUACAAAUGGGUUGGACUCGGGUAUUGCCGGUCAAACCGAAUGAUAAUCCCAAUCACUUGACGGUCAAUGUCUUUCCAUUUCCCGGCGGUUCCCAUAUUUGCAAUGGCGAUUCUGGUGGUCCACUCAUAGAAUAUAUCAACGGUAGGGCUGUCCUAAUAGGUGUGGCGUCCAGUACUAGGCUAUAUAAAGUUACUUAUAAGUGUGUAUUAGAGGAACAGGUGAAUAUGACAUUCAUCAAAGUUUUAACAAAAAUUAAUUGGAUUAAACAACAAAUUAAUGGAUAGUUUCAGAGAAAGAGAGAG